GGCGGGGCUGCGCGCGCGCUGGCGGCCGUUGGGCGGGAGCGGCGCGCGGGGCCGGCGGCGCUGAGGAACCAGAGAAAUGGCAACUACACAAUCUGUCUUCACGUUUGCCCUCUGCAUUUUAAUGAUAACCGAGUUAAUACUGGCUACGGAGAGCUAUUACGAUAUCUUAGGAGUUCCAAAAAAUGCAUCUGACCGCCAGAUCAAGAAGGCGUUUCACAAACUGGCUAUGAAAUACCACCCAGACAAAAAUAAGAGUCCUGGUGCAGAAGCAAAAUUUAGAGAAAUUGCUGAAGCCUAUGAAACAUUAUCAGAUGAGAAUAAACGGAGAGAAUACGAUCAAUUUGGCCGUCAUGGAGGACAAGGAAAUAAUGGAAGCCCGUUCCAUCAGUCAUUUAACUUCAACUUUGAUGACCUGUUCAAAGACUUUGACCUCUUCAGUCAAAACUCACGGUCGAAAAAGCACUUUGAGAAUCACUUCCGAAGUCAUCGGGAAGCUCACAAUCGGCAAAGACGUUCUUUCCAAGAGUUUUCCUUUGGAGGUGGACUGUUUGAUGAUGUGUUUGAAAAUAUGGAAAAAAUGUUUUCUUUUAGUGACUUUGAAAAUGCACACCGACAUGCAGUGAGAACUGAUAGCAGGUUUCAUGGAUCCAGCAAGCACUGUAGGACUGUCACUCAGAGACGAGGAAACAUGGUCACUACAUACACGGACUGUUCUGGACAAUAAUGUUUCCUUUCCUCUUCUUUCAACAUCUUCAUCAUUUUUCUUGGUUUUGUGAUUUUCCUUGUUUUUUUUGAUUUUUCAUAUUAAUGAAAAAUCUUUGUGUUCUAAACAACACUUAACACAACUGCUAUAAAGAAAUUAUAGAUUAAACUAAUUCUCAGAAUAGAAAUAACAUGCAAUUGGGAGCUAAAUGCCUCACUAACUACUUAAAAUGGGAGAGAAGUAAUCCCAUGUGACAGAAGAAAUUGUGUAUUUCAGUUUAGUAAACACUUUCAGUAAAUUUGAACUUUAACACGAUAUAUUUUUUUAAUUUUAGAUAUGUAAUAUAAAUCUCUUAUGCCAGUUUAAGAAUGUUUGAGUUACUGGUGCAUGGAUUUCAGCAGAGGAGAUACUUUAGAAGUGCUGCUUUUUUUAUCAUGACAUUCUGAGUUUUCACUAUCAGCUUUUCCUUGAUGUGGACUUACUGCACAAAUUAGACAACUUGCACAAAAUAGCAGCAGAAAUUUAACUUACCCGGGUCUUUGUUACUGUCCAGCACUGCAAAUUAUUAAAAAUAAAACACAUGUUCCAACUUAAAAGUGUGUUUCACCUAGGAGAGUGAUGCAGGAAUGACUUCUAUUUCCAAGUAACUUUUCAUUGGCCUGAAAGUAUUUUUAGGAUGUGAAUAACCCUUGACUUUAUAAAGGGCUGUUCAUGUAUGCAAUUCUGUGUGCACGAGGUUAGUGUGUCUCUCCCCUCUCCCCUCCAAAACACAAAUAUCCCUUAAAAAGAUUUGGAAGAGCGUAUUGAGUACACUCUUGCUUUAUGCUUUAUUAUAUUGUCAUGUGUGCAAUGUAGUUUCCGUAGCUCAGUUUUUUGACCUUUAAUACUCCUCUGUGCUUUGGCAAACUUAUUUAAGAUAAGCUUACCUACAGAUUCCUAGUGUUUCUGGAAGGGUCUAAAUAAUAAUAAUAAAAGGUAGAUUGUUUAGAUUUAUUACUUGUUAGCAGGGAGUUUUUGGCUUUGUGAUUUGAAAGGUGAAUUCUUGGCAUAAAGAAAGAGUAAAACUGAAAAUUACAAUCCACGUUUUCACCUAAUGCCUUGCGGUGCUGGAAUCUGGUAAUAAAAGCAGUACUAAUGGGUAACAAUUUCAGUGCCAUGGAAAUCCAUAACCAGUAUAAACUAUUGAAAGCAUAAAAAACCUCUUAUUAUAACUGAUGUCAACCCAAAAGUUCUGUUUUAUUUCUUAACCGAUAGUAUAAGUCCAGUAUAUUAAAUCAAUUCCUUAGUAAGAUUGCUAUCAUACACAUAUAGCUAUAUUUUUAAACGUGUGAGUGAAGAAUUUACCUUUCAAAUUGAUUGCAUGAGCGAAAUGAGCAUUUUGAACAGCAAUGUUGCAAAUAGGUUUUGAAUUCUUAAAAUCUUGGGAGAGAUCUAACCAUUUGUUUCUUGAACUGAUACUGAAAGCUGACUGUUUGCUGAGUAACUUUAACCUUUCCCAUAAGGGUGCGUAUUAUUGCUUAUUCAGUUCUCAUUCACUAAUUACUUGGAUUAUUGCAUUGUAUUAAGUGCUUUUCCGUUUCCAUGUUUUUCUUUAUUUAUUAAUGGACUAAUACCUCAUAUAUGGUCUUUAUAAAAAGCCAGUAAUUUGUGCAACAUUAUCGGAAUGUGCAAUAUUCGUAUAGUAGGAAAAGUGCUGGGUUGAGCGUGUAUGUCUGUUACUUCCACCCUCUUUCUGUGUAAGUAGAUAUUAGUUUCUUCUGUAUAAGAAAUAUGACUGAACUGAAAGUUGUAAUUCAUGUAGAUUUCUGCAGCUGUUUUAACAGACUCCAUCAGUCCUAAGCAUGAAUCAAAUUGUCUGAUUCAUACCAUGUGGGCAUCCAAGUGAACAAAUUACUAACUUAUAGUUAAAAAUUAUUUUCUCACAAAUAUAUAUAUAUAUUUUUUUGAGAGAGAGAACAUUUCUGUAUGCAUUUGGGGAGAAUUGUUCAUACUGAUAAAAGCUACAUCCUUUCAGUAAUGCUGUUGUAUUUAAAUAUUAAGUAAUGUUCUCUAGGGAUGAGAAUUUGCUGGAAUUUGCAGGUGGGAAACAACUCUAGAAGCAGGCUGUAAAGGUAAAAUAUUAAUGUAUUUCUUAGCCUAGUGAACAGUUUCUUAACUGCUUAAAAAUAAUUUGGAAACAGCAGAAUGAGCAGUUUUUAAGUGUUGAAGAAGGAAUACUUAAAGUUGCUACCAGAAGUGAACUACUGACUUCUCCAAAGGUAGUUUUCUCUGGUUAUGAACUUGGGUCUGUUCCUUAAAAUGAGCUUUAUAAAUUGUAGGAAGCACAGCUACUGCCAAAAUAUAAAUAUCAUAAGUGGUUACAUGAGUUCCUCUUUCAGGCAAAGGUGAUUUUUGUUUUUUUUUUUAAGUGAAAAUUAAUAAGAGUCCUUGGUUGCUUCUGUGUUAGCUCCCUCUCUUCAAGGAUGCUCCAAGCUUUAUUAAUAAAAGUGUACUUGUUUUCCUUGUCUCUUUCUUGAAAGCCAAAGUAUGGAGCUGGUUAAUAAAAUGAUUGGAUCACUAGUUUUCUUGCUGAUAGUACCUUAAAAAGACUUUUGCCUAGUCUAUUUUUAUCUGCUUCCAUAUUAGUUCUCUUAAAUUACAUGUCAUAGGAAAACCAACAACUACAUCCCAUAAUUCCUGUGGCUUCUCAGAGUGACCUUUUUGCUUGUUUUGGUUGUUGAUCAAAGGUAAAAUCCAAAGGAGAGCUUGUCAGGAUAGGAGAGUAUUGCUAUCCCUAUGGCUUUCUAUAACGGGUGUAUUUUAAGAGGAAUCAGCUGAAAAUUCAGGCAGGCUUUCCUCAGUCAGUAGUCUGCAGUUCACGGCUGUCAGAGCACAAGCUUGUAAAACAUGCAGCGCGUCUCACUUAUUCAGAGCCCUUGCACAUUCUUUUCCUAUUUAUAGGGUCUGCUUCAUGGCAGGCUCGCUAACGGAAGUCCUGGUAUAACCUUAUGACACCCCUGACUUCAGGAGUUUAAGUGCUUGAGUCUUGUCAUCCUUGAUCUCUGUAUCUCAUGAAAAGACCCAGCAAAGGUUAUUUUUUUGUUACGUAAGGGUGAAAAAUGCAACUCUUAGUUCUUAAGAAGGCAUUUAUGCAUAUGUAACUCCAAAUGGUUGAGUUUCUAACACUUUAUAAAAGACUAGUGUUCUACUCGCAUUUGUUUUUUCCCGUUAUGCUUUUGAAACACAGUAUCUAAUGGAGAUGAAAGUACUGUAAACAUGAUUAGGGUGCCAUUACAUUAAAUGUGUGAAAAUCA